AUGAGGAAGACAGUUUUUGGCAAGUGGUGUAAAUUUGCAAGGGAACGGAGGUUCUGGAACGCUGUUGGAAAAGAGACUGUGCAGACAACAGAAGACCAGAUCUUGAAAAGGGAUAUGCCACCAGCAUUUAUCAAAGUGGAGAACGCCUGCACCAAACUAGUUCGGGCAGCCCAGAUGCUGCAAGCAGAUCCCUAUUCAGUACCAGCUCGUGACUAUCUAAUUGAUGGAUCAAGAGGCAUUCUUUCUGGAACGUCAGACUUACUCCUGACCUUUGAUGAAGCAGAGGUCCGUAAAAUCAUCCGUGUCUGCAAAGGAAUAUUGGAAUAUCUGACUGUGGCGGAAGUAGUAGAGACUAUGGAGGAUUUGGUGACAUACACAAAGAACCUAGGGCCAGGCAUGACAAAGAUGGCCAAAAUGAUUGAUGAGAGACAACAGGAAUUAACUCAUCAGGAACAUCGGGUUAUGCUAGUGAACUCCAUGAAUACAGUGAAGGAGCUAUUGCCAGUACUUAUUUCAGCUAUGAAGAUUUUUGUAACCACGAAAAACUCUAAAACCCAGGGAAUAGAAGAGGCAUUGAAAAAUCGCAAUUUCACAGUAGAGAAAAUGAGUGCUGAGAUAAAUGAAAUAAUCCGUGUAUUACAGCUUACUUCCUGGGAUGAAGAUGCCUGGGCAAGCAAGGACACUGAAGCCAUGAAAAGAGCUUUAGCUUUAAUAGAUUCAAAGAUGAACCAGGCAAAAGGUUGGCUGAGAGAUCCAAAUGCACCUCCAGGGGAUGCUGGUGAGCAAGCAAUAAGGCAGAUCCUUGAUGAAGCUGGGAAAGCGGGAGAACUGUGUGCUGGCAAAGAACGCAGAGAGAUUCUGGGAACAUGCAAAACACUGGGCCAGAUGACUGACCAACUGGCUGACCUCAGAGCUAGAGGACAGGGUGCUACGCCCAUGGCUAUGCAGAAGGCGCAGCAGGUGUCGCAAGGUCUGGAUUUGCUCACUGCAAAAGUGGAGAACGCAGCCCGCAAAUUGGAGGCCAUGACAAACUCUAAGCAGGCAAUUGCUAAGAAGAUUGAUGCUGCUCAGAACUGGCUUGCAGAUCCUAAUGGGGGCUCUGAAGGAGAAGAACAUAUUCGGGGAAUUAUGGCUGAAGCCAGGAAAGUGGCAGAAUUGUGUGAGGAGCCUAAAGAAAGAGAUGAUAUCCUUCGUUCCCUGGGGGAAAUCUCUGCUUUGACAGCCAAGCUGUCAGAUCUGCGGCGACAUGGGAAAGGUGACUCUCCUGAGGCCCGUGCGUUGGCUAAGCAAAUAGCUACGUCGCUUCAGAAUUUACAGUCCAAAACAAACAGGGCUGUAGCAAAUACUAGGCCCGUUAAAGCAGCUGUCCAUUUGGAGGGCAAGAUUGAGCAAGCUCAAAGGUGGAUAGACAAUCCUACAGUUGCGGAUCGGGGAGUAGGCCAGGCAGCAAUUCGGGGUCUGGUUGCGGAGGGCCGUCGUUUGGCCAACGUCAUGAUGGGACCUUAUCGUCAAGACCUUCUUGCCAAGUGUGACCGUGUAGACCAACUGGCGGCUCAGCUAGCUGACCUCGCAGCGAGAGGGGAGGGAGAAUCGCCUCAGGCCAGGGCAGUUGCUGCUCAGCUGCAGGACUCACUGAAGGAUCUUAAAGCUCGGAUGCAAGAGGCAAUGACUCAAGAGGUUUCUGAUGUUUUUAGUGACACCACAACACCUAUUAAAUUGUUAGCGGUAGCAGCCACUGCUCCCUCCGAUGCUCCCAACAGAGAGGAGGUGUUUGAUGAAAGAGCAGCAAACUUUGAGAACCAUGCUGCUAGGCUGGGAGCGACGGCGGAAAAAGCAGCCGCGGUUGGAACUGCAAAUAAAACUACUGUGGAGGGCAUUCAGGCCACGGUGAAAUCAGCAAGGGAACUUACCCCGCAGGUGGUGUCAGCUGCUCGCAUCCUCCUCAGAAAUCCUGGAAAUCAAGCUGCUUAUGAACAUUUUGAGACCAUGAAAAACCAAUGGAUUGAUAAUGUAGAGAAAAUGACAGGGUUGGUGGAUGAAGCCAUCGAUACUAAAUCUCUGCUGGAUGCGUCAGAAGAGGCCAUUAAGAAAGAUCUCGAUAAGUGUAAAGUUGCCAUGGCCAACAUGCAACCUCAGAUGCUGGUGGCUGGUGCCACCAGCAUCGCUCGACGGGCGAACCGCAUCCUACUGGUAGCGAAACGGGAGGUUGAAAAUUCAGAGGACCCUAAAUUCCGGGAGGCUGUUAAAGCAGCCUCUGAUGAGCUAAGCAAAACCAUAUCGCCAAUGGUAAUGGAUGCGAAAGCUGUGGCAGGAAACAUUUCUGAUCCUGGUUUGCAGAAAAGUUUCUUGGAUUCUGGAUAUAGAAUUCUGGGAGCUGUGGCCAAAGUCAGAGAAGCCUUCCAGCCUCAGGAACCAGAUUUUCCUCCUCCUCCUCCUGACCUUGAGCAGCUUCAUCUGACUGAUGAGCUUGCUCCUCCAAAACCACCACUUCCGGAAGGUGAGGUUCCCCCACCCAGACCACCACCACCUGAAGAAAAGGAUGAAGAGUUCCCAGAGCAGAAAGCAGGAGAAGCGAUUAAUCAGCCCAUGAUGAUGGCUGCCAGGCAGCUGCACGACGAAGCCCGGAAGUGGUCUAGCAAGGGUAACGACAUCAUCGCUGCCGCUAAACGAAUGGCACUGCUCAUGGCAGAGAUGUCACGCCUGGUGAGAGGAGGGAGUGGAAACAAGCGUGCCCUUAUCCAGUGUGCAAAGGAUAUUGCCAAGGCGUCGGACGAAGUCACCCGGUUAGCCAAAGAGGUGGCGAAGCAGUGCACUGACAAGCGCAUCAGAACAAACCUCUUGCAGGUGUGUGAGCGAAUCCCCACCAUCAGUACGCAACUGAAAAUCCUCUCCACUGUCAAGGCUACCAUGCUGGGCAGAACUAACAUCAGCGACGAAGAGUCGGAACAGGUGAGAGGUGUAAAAAUCGGCGUCGCGUGGGGCUGUCGAUGA